UUCAGACAUCAAUUUUAUCAGCAAUUCAAACACAAAGUGGCAAAUUGCAUUUAUAAGCGUUUACGUUUGAAUUUUUUUUUUAACUCUUCCAGUUCCCAAUGCUGUCUAGAGCCUUUUUUCAUCAUGAAAAAUGCAUGCAAAGAGUUUUCAAGGUGCUCAGAUGGACAAAACACUGAACACAGGAUGUUCCCACCAAGCUUGUCACACAUUGUAAUGACCAAUUCACACCUCAGACCUCUCCCACACUCGGAAACAAAAGAUAUGUUAAUGACCAUUCAAAUUCCUCAU